AUGGAAGCAAAACUCGGCGAGGUCUCGGAGAUCGGAGGGCAACAAGUGCUCGAAUAUGAGCAUUCUCCCCAAGACCCAGAACCAACACAAGCUGGACUAGCAGUAAACACGCUUCCUAUCCCUCCAAAACGGCGCACAUAUACAACGUGGACCAAGAGAAAGCCGUUAAGAGGUAACACCUUAAUAUGGCACCUAAGGUUAGGCCACCCAGGGCCGGAGGCUCUCCGAUGCCUAGCCACGUCUGCAAGAGGAGUACGGAUAAAGUCAGAGAUUCCAACAGGAAUACAGCGAAUAACCACAGUUAACUGUGACGCAUGUGGAGUGGCGAAAGCUCGCCGACUGGUACGCCGCGCUCCUCGAGAGUCGGUUCAAGUUGCAAGUCCAGGAGAUCGAAUAGCCAUAGACUUCCACCCCAUGUCACCAGGAUAUGCAGGCUAUAGUUCGGUAUGGAUGUUCACAGACAGAGCAUCAGGGUUUACCUGGGACUAUUAUGCAACCGAUCGGACAACCCCCGCCAUCCUCUCGGCGCUAAAAGGCUUCUUAAAUAUGAUGGAAGUACAGUACUCCAAGAAAGUGAAGGUGAUCGAAUGCGACAAUGAGAUCACGACGACCCAUCCACGAGUGUACGCCGAGAUAGUUCAGCAAGGAAUACGAUGUGAACCAUCUGCUCCAAACACACAGGCUCAGAAUGGUGGUGCGGAAAGAGUAGCUGCAGUUAUUAUCCAGAAAAGCAGGGCAAUGAGGGCAGGUGCAAAAAUUCCGGAAUACCUCUGGCCUGAAUCAAUAAAGGCAGCCACCUAUCUCUACAACCGUACGCCGUCGGUUCGGAAACAGCACAAGUCACCGUAUGAGAUAUUCCACUUGGAGUGCGUAGCCGAGCAGUCGGCGAAACCAGACCUAUCACACCUCAGAGCAUACGGAUGUAAAGCGUUUGCACUAACAAAGGAUGCACAACUGCAACGCAACAGAUUGCAUCGUCAAACCCCUAGAGGAUGGAUUGGAUACCUAGUAGGAUAUACAUCAAGUAAUUCCUACAGGAUCUGGAACCCGUUGAACAAGGAGGUAUUCUCAACGCGGGAUGUUACCUUCAAUGAACACCAGUGCUUCGACGGAAACACGGCGACCCUUCGAGAUGACCUACGGGCCGAAGACCUAGCGGCGAUAGAGAAACGAAUCAAGGAACUAAUCUCACUUCAGCAAACUCAGCCUAAUCCAUGGCAGAGGCAUCUGGCAAAUGAAGAACCAGAUGAAAUUACUGACGAAAAUGUAGAAUUUAUAAGCCCUGAAGCCGACAACUCGGUGAAGACAGGCGAGGAAUCGGAACCAUACACCCAGUUCAGAUUCGAGCUAUUACCAACACCCCCGGAAUCACCCCCAUCGGGUUUCUUCCAUGCAAUAGAAGAUGACCUGAAGGUGAAGAGGGGUGGUGAGCCAGUAAGUAGAACCCUCGCCGAGAUGCAAGCGAGAAAUCGUAUUCCAUUCAAUGCAGCGUUCCUGGCAGGGACGCUGCAGCACAAAAUAUAUGUGGGCACCCGACGGAAGACCCAAGGUCGCAAGAGUCAAGAGAGUCUGGCCAGCUCCGAGAACUCGCCGGAGGGAGGGAGCUUACCUCAGCCUCUAAACCAAUCCAGUGCGGGAAAGCGGGAGGCCCAAAGGGAUAGGAUAAGCUCUGCACUGGGCGAGGAAAAGGGGCCCUAUGUCGGUACACAUUGGAAGCUCCUAGAGAGGCUCCCUAGCUCACAUACUAACAUAAAGAGUCAUCCGUACCGGGAUGCAAUCCAGAAGGCAGAAGAAGCUCAUUUGGAGAACCACAAACUCUCUCAAUCGUGGAUAGAAGUAGCCAAGACCACGGCGAAGGGUCACCGAAUACUCGGAUGUCACUGGGUGUAUGUCUACAAGUUAGAUAAACACGGAAGAUUCCUAAAAAUCAAGGCGAGAUUGGUGGUCCGGGGAGACCAACAGGCGAAGGAUGGCCGAGACACAUACGCAGCUACACUGGCCGGAAUGUCUUUCAGGGUUCUAAUGGCAAUUGCGACCAGAUUUGACUACGAGAUGCUCCAGUAUGAUGCAGUCAAUGCAUUCGUACAAUCAACAUUAGAUGAAGACAUAUACAUGGAAAUGCCGAUGGGUUACCGAAAACCCGGCGUGGUCCUCAAGCUACAAAAGGCAUUGUAUGGACUCCGAAGGUCACCUCUCUUAUGGCAAAAACACUUUGAGAAAGGUCUAUUACACACGGGAUUUCGCCGAGUACUCGGCGAGGACUGUUGUUGGGUCCAAGGCGAUAUAGUAUUUUUCUUCUAUGUGGAUGACUGCGUCCUCUGCUACCCGAAGGAACAAGAAGAAAAGGCAAAAGAUCUAAUGAAGAAGUUGCAAGAGAUAUAUCAUAUCGAAGGAGGCAAGACCCUACAAUGGUUCUUAGGCAUUGAGGUCGUAAGGGACAGACCGAACCGUCGCCUAUGGCUCUCCCAAGCUGUAUACAUCGACAAAAUGCGACGAUUACUUCCAGACCCCCUACCGAGAUACAGAGCAGUCGUCCCGAUAGCACAAGAAGAGUUAUUACCACAUACCGAAUCAUCAAGCCCAAAAAGCAUAAAUAGUUACCAACGGAAAGUAGGUACUAUUAUGUAUGCCGCGGUGAUGACUCGCCCAGACGUCGCCUUUGCAGCUAGCCGAUUAGCAAGAUUUAACCAAAACCCGGGACCACAACAUCAUGAAGCGGCAGACAGAGCACUAUGGUAUCUUACCCAAACCAAGGACUUAGCCCUUCAAUUCGGAAGUGAUGACAACUCUUUGGUUGAUGGGUUACUGGUAGCCUCAGAUGCAAGCUUCGCCGACAACUCGGUGGACCGUCGAAGCUCACAGGCCUUUGCUAUGCAACUGUUUGGAGGAGUAAUAAGCUGGCGAGCAAAUAAGCAAGAUACUGUAACCACAUCUACUACCGAGGCGGAAUUACUUGCCCUAUCACAAGCAGCCAAAGAGGCUAUCUUUGCAAGCCGGCUUAUAUCCUCAUUGCAAGUCAAUCUGGAAGAUAAGAUCCCUCGGCGAGGCCCCGCCAAGCCACCGAAGGUGACUAUCCAAUGCGAUAACUUACAAACUAUUCGACUAGUCAAGGAGGAAUUGGUCAAGCUGCGCACAAAGCUACGACAUGUACAGAUCUACAACCAUUGGCUAAGACAAGAAGUAGCAAAUGGGACAGUAGAUGUGAUAUAUACCCCAUCAACUCAGCUAAUAGCUGACGGCCUGACUAAGAACCUUACCAGUGAGAAAUUCCAAAAUUUUCUCAAGCAACUAGGGCUCGCCGAGAUCACAGCGAUUAGACGGCAGACAGAAAUCAUUUCAGAUUAG